AUGACGUGUGUAGACGAACAUGACUUUGGUAUGGGAUAUUUGGAGACUAUGCGAGUGGUUAGAAAUUUUGGAUCACACUGGGGAAUAGUUCCAUCAGACGCUGAGGGUGAAGAUGAGGAUGAUCAGCCAGCCGAUCAACCUGCGCCAGAGCCAAGACCGAGACGCAGGAACGUAAGAGGAAGGGGAGACCGCGGGCAGCCGACACACCCAACUGCUUCCAUGGUGGGUGCACCUUUUGGGGGUGAUAUGGCUGGUUACUUUGACCAGUUAUCGUUGAGUGUGAAUUGGAUAGGCGGCACGAUGGAAAAUGUGGUUCAACAUCCUGGGGUGGAGCAGCCGUCUCAUUUAGGGUAUCAUUACCCGAUUUGCCCACGUUGGUCGGAGUAUGGUGGUCGUGGAGGUGAUGGAGCUGUUCCAUCAGACGCUGAGGGUGAAGAUGAGGAUGAUCAGCCAGCCGAUCAACCUGCGCCAGAGCCGAGACCGAGACGCAGGAACGUAAGAGGAAGGGGAGACCGCGGGCAGCCGACACACCCAACUGCUUCCAUGGUGGGUGCACCUUUUGGGGUGAUAUGGCUGGUUACUUUGACCAGUUAUCGUUGA